AUGACUCCUUUGUUAUUACUUUUUUUAUUCACAGCGUUUGGGCAACCCGAUAAACCACCAAAACAAAUACCUGCACUUCCCAACCUACCUACAAGUAAAACUUGGCCUUUAAAAAGAGACCCUAGACCACAAACUCCAAAAAGUUCAACUUGGCCUAGAACUCAAAAACCAACCACUGAGCCAGACAAACGUGGUUCACUGAAAAGAUAUGAAGUUCAAGAAUUUCCUCCAAGACCAUUGACUCCUCCACCAGCUGGUGCUGAAGGAGGAGAGGAGCAACCAAGUACAUCAACAACUUCACCAGCUGGUGCUGAAGGAGGUGAACAACAACAACCACUUUCUUUAUUUGAAGGAAAAGUGGGACAAAUCUUAAAAGAAUUUCAAUCAACAGAAGAGACUUAUGUUUUGAGUUUAAUGGAACUGGAAGAGAAAAUGGAAGAACGUUUAGACCUUUUCGAACAGGAAAUUAUUGGCCUUUUAAAAAUAAUUUUUGAAAAACACAACGGGUUUUUGAAAAAGCUCAUUCAUGCCAACACUCAUACAAGCGUCAGAUUGGUAUACAUCGCUUUGAAUGAAUUAAUCGAUUUAAUGGAAAAUAAAGAAUUAAGAAAAGCAUAUGUGACAUUUAUUGUUAAGGUAAGUAAAUGGGUUAAAUUACUCGAUAAACUCAACCCAAAACCAAGAAAAAAUAAACUACUUUCUGAAAUUGGUGCGUUAAUAAUUACACCAAUGCAAAGACUUCCAAGAUACGAAUUGCUUCUCAAAGAUUUACUUAAAACUCCUGUUUUUAAAGAUAACCAAAACGCAAAAAGAGCUCUGGAUGCUUGUGUCAAGACUGCUAAACAUAUAAACAAAAGAGUGUAA